GACUGUUCUCAGGGUAUCUAGGGACUUGGAGACCGUUUUCCUGAAGCGCCACCUGAAGCGCACCCUGAGGCAGCCAGGCCCCGCCUUGCCCGCAGUGAGCCUCCCGCCCAGCCGCGCCGGCCUGAGGGGGGCGCCUCCGAACGCGCGGGCGCACGCUGAGAGCCGGGAGGACCAGGUGAGGGGGCCUCCGUCUUCCGAAGACAGGUGUAAAGAAUAUCCAGCUGGUGGCUACAGUUCCCCCUCUGGUUUUGCUGCCAUGCAUCCUGGGCGAACUACUGGUAAAGGGCCCUCCACUCACACUCAGAUUGACCAGCAACCUCCACGGCUUCUCAUUGUGCACAUUGCUCUACCGUCCUGGGCUGACAUCUGCACCAACCUCUGUGAGGCUCUGCAGAACUUCUUCUCUCUAGCCUGCAGCUUGAUGGGCCCCAGCCGCAUGUCCCUGUUCAGUUUAUACAUGGUACAAGAUCAGCAUGAGUGCAUCCUCCCUUUUGUGCAAGUGAAAGGGAACUUUGCUAGGUUGCAGACCUGCAUCUCAGAACUCCGCAUGUUACAGAGAGAAGGGUGUUUCAGAUCACAAGGUGCUUCUCUGCGGCUGGCAGUAGAGGAUGGGCUCCAGCAAUUCAAACAAUACAGCAGACAUGUGACCACAAGGGCAGCUCUGACCUAUACCUCCCUGGAGAUUACUAUUCUGACUUCUCAGCCUGGAAAAGAGGUGGUCAAACAGUUGGAGGAAGGGUUGAAAGAUACAGACCUAGCCAGAGUCAGGAGGUUUCAGGUCGUUGAGGUCACAAAGGGAAUCCUAGAGCAUGUGGACUCAGCGUCUCCUGUUGAGGAUCCCAGCAAUGAUGAGAGUUCUAUUCUGGGAACUGACAUUGACCUUCAGACUAUAGACAAUGAUAUCGUCAGCAUGGAGAUUUUCUUCAAAGCCUGGCUUCAUAACAGUGGAACAGACCAAGAACAAAUCCAUCUUCUUCUUUCUUCACAGUGUUUCAGCAGCAUUUCCAGACCCAGAGAUAAUCCAAUGUGUCUGAAAUGUGAUCUCCAAGAGCGACUGCUCAGCCCAUCCCUACUCGCUGGCACAGCUGACAGCUCCUUGAGAAUGGAUGACCCUAAAGGAGACUUCAUCACACUCUACCAGAUGGCUUCCCAGUCAUCGGCCUCUCAUUACAAGCUCCAAGUGAUCAAGGCUUUAAAAUCUAGCGGGCUCUGCGAGUCAUUGACAUAUGGACUCCCGUUCAUCCUCAGACCUACAAGCUGUUGGCAGCUGGACUGGGAUGAGCUGGAGACAAAUCAGCAACAUUUCCAUGCUUUGUGUCACAGCCUGCUGAAAAGGGAAUGGCUGCUGUUAGCCAAGGGGGAACCACUGGGCCCAGGACACAGCCAGAGAAUUCCUGCCAGCACCUUCUAUGUGAUCAUGCCGUCACGCUCCCUCACACUGCUGGUAAAGGCGGUGGCCACGCGGGAACUGAUGCUGCCCAGCACCUUCCCCCUGCUACCUGAGGACCCACAUGAUGACAGCCUUAAGAAUGUGGAGAGCAUGCUGGACAGCCUGGAGCUGGAGCCCACCUACAACCCCUUGCAUGUUCAAAGCCACCUGUACUCACACCUGAGCAGCAUCUAUGCCAAGCCUCAGGGGCGGCUCCACCCACACUGGGAGAGCCGAGCUCCGAGAAAGACUGGGCAGUUGCAGACCAACCGAGCUCGAGCUACUGUGGCCCCCCUGCCUAUGACUCCUGUCCCAGGCAGAGCCUCCAAGAUGCCAGCAGCCAGCAAAUCUUCCUCAGAUGCCUUCUUCCUGCCUUCAGAGUGGGAGAAGGAUCCCUCAAGGCCCUAAGUCACCAGCACCAGAGCCCAGCUGCCCAGCUUAACCAUAUCCAUGCUCAGGUUCACAUAAUGGCUAUCUGUGGUCAGACUUGCUCUCUAUCCGCCUGAGCCUCUGUGAGUGAGGGCUGACUGGGAAACAACAGCCUUCCUGUCCUCUGUUUCAGUGCUGUCCCACUCCUCAAGUCGGGAAGCGACACACCCGAGCCUGUCCUUUCUCCAGCAAGGACUUUCAUUUUCUUUAGAAUCAUUUGCUACUGUUUACACAGAAGAUUAAACACCCAGUAAGCUUCUACCAUUGUUAGGAGCAUUCAUAA